CUCCCUGCCCUCUCCCGCCCCGUCCCGCCCCGUCCUGUCCCCCCCCGGCACGGCCCGGCCCGGCCGGCACUGGGCGCCCGCCAUGGCGGGGCCGAGGAAGGGGCCGGGCGCUGCGGAGGAGCCGCCGCCGCUGCUGGUGAAAAUCGUGAUGGCCGGAGAGUCCUGCGUGGGGAAGACCUCCAUCGUGCGGCGGUACACGGAGCCCGAUUCGCCGCCCGCCGGCACUCCCGCCACCUCCUACUUGGCCACGAUCGGCAUUGAUUUUAAAGUAAAGCUAGUAAUGAUUAAUGACACAAGAGUGAAACUUCAAAUAUGGGAUACUGCUGGCCAGGAACGAUUCCAUACACUUAGUACUAGCUAUUUCCGUGGUGCACAAGGCUUUGUUCUUGUAUAUGACAUCACAAAUCUGAAGAGUUUUCAGAGUAUAACAAUGUGGAUGCAAGACAUAUAUGAGAAAGCAGGUGAUGAAGUGGACGUAAUACUGUUGGGCAACAAGUGUGAUAAGGAGUCAGAACGUGUAGUUCCAAAACAGAAAGGAGAAAAGAUUGCUUGGGAAUACGGAAUACCGUUUUUUGAAACCAGUGCUAAAGAUAAUGUGAACAUUGAGCAUGCAUUCUCACUCUUGACUAAGGAAAUACUGGAAAAGAAAUCCUGUGUAUUAUAUGACUUAGAUGUUGUGACUCUAAAUGAAAGUAAGAAGAGAACCUGCUGUGCAUUCUGAAAUAUUGUUUCAUGUUCCAUUUUCUCUUCAGAAAAUAUUAAGUGUUGCAAAGGCACACACAAGAUUUUAAAAGCGAGCCUGUAAUCCCAAAACACAGUGUUCAGGCAUCCUUUUUAUUACACAGACUUUGUUGCCAAAUGUUUUUAUAUGUUUAUAUUAUAUUUUCAUAUUUUUAAUGUGAAGAUAAAACAGUUAUCUGAUAUUGGAAUGCAUCACAGGAUGACUGUGUUUGCAUACAAAUGUUUGCAGAAAUGUAAUGUAAGUGUACAAAUUUUCUCUUAUUAAAAAAAAAAUUACCUUGACUUUA